UUGGCUGAAACCUUUUUUUGAGGAUUUUUAUUGUGAUUUACUUUUGUAUUCUUGUGCAUAGUUUUACUUCUUUUGGGUUUGUUCAUUUCCUGGCGCAACAUGGCCGAAGGGAAGCGGAAGGACACACGGACGCACUUGACGUUGCAGCAAAAGGCCAAGCUACGCGCCUUCCUGGUGGCCAAUCCCGGCCUACCCCAAUUCGCCGUGGCUGAUUGGGUGCGUGAGCAGUUCCAUGUGCGUCUGGGGCGUACAACGCUCUACCGCAUCCAGCACGCUCCUGAGAGCGCUUUCACGACCGGGAAUCUCAGUCGCAAGAAGCAGCGGCGCGUCAAAUUUCCGGAGUUCGAGCGCCGCCUACUUGAGUUCUACGAGGAAAGACGCGCGCGGAGAGAGGACGUGUCGGACGAUCUGCUGCUGCGCCAAGCAGCAGGGUGUCGGGCCGCCAGUGGCAUUAGUGAGGAUGAGCUCAAGCUCUCGAAUGGAUGGCUUUACCUAAUCCUGUCGGCACGAGCACUAACGACGGUGCAAGCCCCUGGGUUUCUCAAUUGGGAACCUGUUGGUGAAGUGCAGCAGGACCAGGUUUAUUGUGGUGAUCGGCUUGUCGGGCAUUGCGACUCCAACACGUCCGUGCAGAACGACGUCGCCAAUAGUAUCUGGGUAGACACCAACUUGCUCGUCAGUGCCCAAGCAGUGCUGAAAGUGGAGUUCCUCGCGCCUGGAUACGCGUUCACUGACAGCAGUCUCGUGUUGCGUCGACGACUACUAUAG